AUUCUUAACUCUUGAGCCUUUACUGGCGCUUAAGUCACCAUUAGACACCACACGUUUGAGCUACGGGUACUUGUUUAGUUAUUGGAUUCAAAUUGAUCGGAGAUUGCUGUCAUAAAGAUGUCAGAGGUGCCAUUGGAUAACACAAUAGACAGUCUACUGGAGCCUGUUCCCAGAGUUGGUGUGACAGAUGCUGAGAGGGAACUUGCAAACAAUGCUCAUGUUGAAUUUGAAAGUAAACAAUAUGACAGAUGUUUGAUGUCAUUGAACAAGCUUGCAGAGUUAAGGAAAAAUGAUCCAAAGGUUCAGCAUAACAAACUAGUGGCACAAUUUUACCACUCAAGCUGCAGAGGAAGUGAGGAAUUUGCCUGUAACUUACUACAGAUAAGAAGACAAAUCGAGAAAGAGAGUGGUGAAACUGGAGAAGAGUUAGAUGACAUUGACACAGCUCACCUGUUAUACAACGAGUCUGUUAUUUACUUUCAUUUACGACAGUACACAAAAGCAUUGCAAAUUCUUGAGAGGCUGUUUAAGAUUGUUGAACCCCUAGAGGAAUCUCUUGGAUACAAAAUUUGCUUCCUGCUCAGUGAAAUUUACUUGACACUCUACAAGGCUGAUAAAGCUCACAAUGUUCUGUCAGUGUUGGAAGCUGUGGUGUUUGGUUCAAAUAAACCAGUUGAGUCUCAAAUGAUUCAAGGUGGUUUGCAAGUUCAACUUGGACCUGGAAGUCAAACUGGACCACAACCCAUUAAGGAGGUUGACGAGUCACUAAAACUACACAUACAUCAGCAUAAAGCUCGUCUGAAUAUCCUGCUAAAAUCAAUGAAAGCCUGCAAACGCGAAAUAAAGACAGUACUUAACGCGAACAAUAUGACACCUGAAGGACUUUUCCUCAAAAGCAACUUUGAAUUCCUGCGUCAGAAUUUUCGGAAAUCCAUCAAGCUGCUCAAUAGUGCUCCUAAACCGAACGAUCUGACGGAUCGAGGCCAGUCAGUGAGCACAAUGUAUUACAACAACUUGGGAUGUAUUCACUUCCAAAUGCACAAGUACAACUUGGCUGCACUCUACUUCAGAAAGUCUUUACAGGAAAAUAACAAAGCCCUUUCCGUGCUUCCUCCUGUUGACAAAAAUGCCCCUGUCUCCAGCCGCACCUUAGUGACCCUUGGUGUUAGCCGCCGUCACGAGAUCCUUUAUAAUUUGGGAAUUCAACUGCUGUUUUCUGGCCGACCCGUUGUUGCUUUUGAUUGCCUGGUUGAAGCUGUACAAAUAUACCACACAAAUCCUCGACUGUGGCUUCGACUUGCUGAGUGCUGUAUUGUAGCCUUCCAGUUGUCGGACGACUUUAGACAACAGUGCAUCAAGAAGAGCGAUGUUGUUCAGGAUGUUGUGGGUUCAGGUCCUCACCGUAAGAUCGUCCUUACCCCUCAAACUGACAAACAGUGCGGUACUGAAGAAAACAGAGGUCAGUCUGCUGCAAUGCCAGCCUGUACUCUAGCAUUUGCGUCUUUGUGUCUUCAAAAUGCUCUGAUGCUGUUAAAAAGUGGGGAGGUGACACAAGUCCAUGAAUCAGAGAGUGUGCAGGAGAAUCAGGCAGUAAAAGAGGAGGAUUCACUUGGCCAGGAAACGGACGCUUCAAGUGACAGUGGUGGCUUAAGUCGGUCCUCCUCAAUUCAGAGUGAGACAAGUAUCCCAGCUCCCCCCGGGCCACCGGUAAAACUUCGUGAGCUUCCACACUUGAGGUGCUCCAUUCUAGCGUGCAGUGCUUAUGUCGCGCUGGGACUGGGUGACAAUGUGAUGGCCUUAGUACAUGCGCAGAAACUUCUCUCACAAUCCAAUCUUGUAGGAGCACUCAGGUUUCUCGGCCAUUUGUACGCUGCUGAAGCUCUGAUCAAACUGAAUCGUUUACCGGAAGCUAUAAUGCAUUUGUCACCUGAUAAUAUCAACAACAUUAACAUCAUCCCGGCCAGUACUACUGCGGAAGUUGUAUCAGGGGAGAAUGUUGAUAAGGAAAAGGAAACGACCAAGCCUCGCGCCUGUGAGAAGAUGACUUUUCCAGAGACAUUAAAUGAAGCCCGUUCCUCUUUCCUUGUUAAUCUAGCCGGGGUGUACAGUUUACGGAGCGAGUUUGAUAAGGCACGGAAGUGCUUACAACAGGCCUGUUCUCUCGGUUAUUCUAAAGACUUCUCUGCACGCGUUGUUUUACUGGCCGUGUACAUAGAGCUUCAAAGCGGGAACACCGCUGGUGCACUGCAAACGAUUAAAAAGCAUCAGGUACUUCCGUUUAGCAAAGGGUUCAAGGCAGUGAAGAAAACACGUGGAGCUGACGUGUGGAAAACAUAAAGGAUCUAACACUGUUGCUGGUUGAUGCGAAAUCUUAUGUGAGGAUCUUAAUCAGUUAACCCCAGUGGUUACCUUUAGUUUGCUCUUGAACAGUCAAACAAUAAGAAUAAAUAGAAUUUCAUCGAACGAGCGGGUGUUGUUUACCCUCGAAGCUGCCUUUCCUCGAUUUUGUUCGUAACAGUCAAGGUUUAUGUUAAUCUAGAUCCUGUACUAUUUCGUAAUGAGUUACAAGAAUAAAGCUCAAACGAAAGUAGA